UGAGGAGGGUGGAAGAGCUCGACGGAUCACAGGGCUCUAGGCAAGUCGUUGAUGAUAACCUUUUUAUGGGUAACCCACAUGUUAUGUCUGAUAUUUAUUAUUGUAAGUCAUCGAUAGAGGGUUUAGUACUACCUAAGGUUGAACUCUCAUAUUUUGAUGGAAGGUCUCGCGACUAUUUUAAGUUCAUACGACAGAUAGAGACGUUUAUAGAACCUCGAAUCAAGGAUGAUCAAGUGCGUUUAUUGUAUUUAAUUCAUUAUUGUAAGGGAAAAGCAAAAAAUGCGAUUGAAGGCUGUAUUAUUAUGGAUCCACAAUCAGGAUAUAAGAGAGCUAAGGCCAUUCUAAAACAGCUCUUUGGACAGACGCAUGUAAUAGCGCGAGAAACCUUAGAGGACUUAUUUAGAACUGGGAAUGUAGAAUUUAAUGAUCCUGAAUCAUUGACGAACUUGGCCAUUAAAAUGCAGAAUGCUUCUUUAACUUUAGAACAGUUAAAUUGUACAGCUGAACUUAACUCUAUGGCUACUUUAGAACGAAUAGUAAGGCUCUUACCUCGUCGAAUGCAAGCCCAGUGGGCAGAGCUAGUAUUCAAGUGGGACGAAGAGGAGAGAGAGCCCAAUUUUAACGAAUUGACGGAAUUUAUUAUGUCUCGUGCUAAGAUAGCUAGUAGUAGGUUUGGAAGAUUAGCUUAUCAGGCUAAAACAGGAAAUAAUACGGAAGCUACUAGUGGUCUGCGUGCGAGACAUUCGGAUUCUUCGUUUCUACCUAAAGCACGCUCGGAAGAUAAGAGAUUUGUCAAUUAUAUCACGAAAGCAUACGCUGAUGAAGGACGAGUAUGUGACCGUAACGAUGUAAAGCCUCUUGAUGCGUGUCCUAGUAAGAAGCCGGUUGGUGUAACAGAUAAGAUGGCUUUUCUAAGUGUAGAAAAGAAAGAAAAAGGUGAAAAGUGUAGGCAUCAAGAUGGAUCCGAAGUGUGUGAUGAUAAAAGCCUCUUAGCUGCUCGAAAAGCCUGGAACGGUAAUUUGGAUUCGAGUAAUCAGAGGUUAAUGAGUUCAGCAAAUAUGAAUAAAGCCCAGGCAGGAUUGACUGAACGGAAUAAAGCUUAUUUUCGGAACCCUUCAGUUAGGGUAAAUUAUAUAACUGGACCUAGAGUAGAUUCUAGGAUAAGUGAUGGUGGUACAGUAACGGCUAAGAAGCCUAGGAGACAUGAUGCUACUAUUACUAAGAAGCCUGAACCUCAUGCUCUUUCGGAUGCUACGACUAGCUAUGGAAAUAGUAGCCAUCAGAACCUUAGUAGUGACAGUGAUAAUAAGGAUAUAGAAAGUGUCAGAAGUCCACUUAUAGGGACUAGUUUAUCAACUUCAUCGAAUGAGCCUCCUAGUGUUUCGACGCCAUUGGACCUCGUCACGAAGGUUAAGUUGAUUGAAGAUGCACAAGGUUGUGCAACUGUAACUGUUCCUAUUACGGUUGACUGUCAGUCGAGUGAUGAUGAGAAGAAAGUGUUUGAUGGUAACAGCCAGUCUACAGUGCUGUGUGAUGACGAUGCUGUUGUUGAGCAUAUGUCUUGUGCCGCGGAAACGGAUGCUAAUGCAGAACGGAAUCAAUUAGACGUUGAUAAUAAACUGGAUGUCACUGAGGUGACAAAUGAGUUACCGACGAUGAUGAACACUGUUCAAACCUCCUCUGCAUCAGGAGAUGGAAGGAUAAAUAUUGAUCCUACGUCAUGCUACUUAAGGUCUUCUGGAGACGAUGAAAUGUCAAAAUUGGAGAUCCCACCCUUGCAUAUUAUUUAUGGGUCAAAAACUUCUGUUGAUAAGUUAGCAUCACGGACUUCAUGGUAUCUGCUGAUCAGAGCAAGUGGUGGUGGAUUGGCGACUCGUCCCCACGAUAGAGAAUGUAGUCCUUGGAUAGGAUAUGACCAGUUUUGCGACGCGUUGUUCAUGUUCGUAUGGGUUAAUUGGGUAAGGUUUAUACUACCGUUAGGUCAUUCCACGAUAGAUAGGGGAAUCAAGGGCCUGAUGGGAAAGUAUAGGAACCUAGUUAACACGACAGGUCAUAUCCAUGUUGGAUGGCGGGUAGGCGUACUGCUGUAAGUCCUACACGUUAUUCCGGUGUGGAUUAGGGGAUAACAUGGGAACCCUAAAUAAGGUGUCAUUAACGCUUGCUGUUUUUGCAUGGAGGGAUUUUGCGGGCCGGUGUAGAAUUCUUUUUGAAUGUUUUGUGUUUUGGAAAAUCCCUCCAUGUUUACAUAUUUUUGCUAUGACAUGAUGGAC